AUGGACGAUUCGUGCUUUCUCGGCAUUGACUCCUCCCGUCCUUCACCACCUCCUCGGUCCAGCAGCUCCAGCGAGCCCUCCAACCGCGGCAGCAGCAUCAGCCUCGAGGACGCAGCCUGGGUUCCCAAUGACUACCAUCGCGACUCCCCGAGCGACCUCGCCCCGGCAGUACACGACUCGGCCAAGUCUCCUCUUCUUCUUUUUCAGCCCCAGGAACUCACUUUCACGACCGAGCCCCGCGAGGUCAGUCCGGAGGAUGGCUGCCCGCGUCUUCCCUCUGAGCCGAGUACUCCAUCAACACCUUCUGUGACGAACCGUAUGGAUGUAUACUUGCUGGAAGAGGAUCAGCAUGCAAUGCGCAUGGUUGGAUUGCCACCUAGUACGCCAAGUGAAUCAGCCUCCCAAUCUCAGCCUUCAUCUCCCAAAAAGUCGCUGGGACAAUCGCUAUCUGAUGGCUCGAGUUGGCAAAUUAUCGACAAGUCUGACGAGGACCAGACCUCUCAAUCUCACCCGAUAUCACGUCCCGGUAAAGAGCCUCUCAUUGAUGAGACGUCCACCUCGCCCCGGCCUACCACUCCUCAGAACAACACCUUUGAGAGAAUGACAACCCUAAUCGGCAUUAUUCCCGAGUCAAACCAGUCAGCUUGGAAUAAACUCCCUAUUAGUCCAGAUUCCGGGAUAUCAUAUUUGUCCCUAGACGCUGGGCCCCCUGGCAAACGACAUCGCGAAUCAAUCGAUGCAGAACAAGCAGACGAUGGCGAUCUCGGGCGGCUCGGAGGAAGGGCCAGUCGCAUGCCAGCCACGCGCAAGUUAACAUUCAUCAAGAAAAGGCGAAGGGAUCAAAAGGACACGAAUAGCAAUACGGCUUCAUGA